AUGGCAUUUCCUUGUUUGGAACCCUAUCGAAAGGGUGAUUUCCACAUAAACCGGCCAGUGACAUGUCCUUCACUGAAUGACUGGGCAGAGCACCUGCUGUGGUACCAAGAUGGGAGGUUUGCUAGGCAUAAGGUGUGGAAGUUUGUUGUCCACAAUAUGAUCAUGAGGAAGCGUGCCCUGGAGCAGAGCCGGUUCUUUGUUGAUCAGCAACUUGGUGACCCACACAUAACUGUUGCAGACCUGCAAGAGCGACUAGCGAGAGGUGACACUUUUACCGACAAGUUGUUGUAUUUUGGCGCAAAUCUGCGCGAUACAGCUCAGUACUGGCACCAGAGACGCAGAGAGCUUCGUGCCCUAAUGGAGUUCAUGGUCAAUGAGAAGCGUGGGUUGCCUUCAUUUUUCAUGACUGGAAGCUGUGCCGAGUUUUACUUUACUCCUCUUAGAACGCUACUGGAAGGGUACAUCUUGCAGACCAAAGGUGAAGAAGUAAACCUUGCUGAAGAUAGCAAUGCCCUCUUCAAGGCAGUACAAGAAAAUACUCAUGUAGUGGUGAGUUACUUUGACCUGCGUACCCAGGCAUACCAUGAGAAGGUACUGAAGCCGGUAUUUGGUGUCUCUGAUUAUUGGUACCACUAUGAGUUUGCCAAGUCCCGCGGUCAAAUUCAUUGGCACCAACUCAGCUGGAGGGAAGACAGGCAACCGCAUCAGCUAUUGCAUGAAGCUCAUGAAGAUGGUUGCGAAGAGGAAGAGUAUGCAGCUAGACUUAGUCAGUGGGCAGAUGAAACCUUUGCCAUGACAGCAUUACAUCCAGCUGGCAAUGAUGAAGAAGGGCAGCCAAGAAAAGACCUCUGGCCACCACCUGAGGGAACGGCUGAGCCCAUAUCAGAUGAUAGGGAUCCCUUAGUUAAGAUGCUAAUGCAAAUAGCUGAAACACAAGAAGCAAUACUGGAGGAUCAUUUGCUUUUAGUAAACAGGGUUGGACUCCACAGUUGCUCUGAUUACUGCUUAGAACUCCUCGCCAUCCGGAGCAAGAACUGCAGCCCAGAGAACGUGUAUGUCGGAUGGAGUUUGGAAGCGAGUUCCGCCCAGGGAAAAAAAUUCACAGUAAUCCAGAAAUUGUGGAAGAUCAUAAUGGAGCUCCCCGCCUAGAGAUGCCAUGUGACCAUCCACGUGUGGUUCAGCUUUCUCGUUAUCAGUUACAAUCGUGGAGAGCAAAUGGGGAUGUAAGCUUGAUUCUGUCCAAUUCCCCUCCGGACAAUCCUAGCACAGAUGAUAUCAUAGCCGUAAUUGACUAUGUCUGUGGAUAUGCUUGCAAAGAUAGCAAACCUACUGGUGCAACUUCUGAUCUCUUUAAGGACAUGGUGAAUGCUGUUGAUGCAGGUGAUGCAGACCAGGUGACAGGCAAGUCAAUGUGUGCUAAGAUGCUGAUAAAGACGGUAGGAAGACGAGAUAUCAGUGGACCGGAGGCUUCCUUUGAACUGAAAGGGCUGGCACUUUGGCGAUGUAGCCGUCCAUUUACCUACUUGUCAAUGUCAGGGUCAAGGAGCCUUGAACGUGAUGGUGAAACUGCAACUCGCAGCACCCCACUGGAUAAGUACCUUGCACGACCGCAAGAUGAACACUGUUCUUGGUACCACUUUGCAUCUAAGAACGGUAAUGUUCCUGUUGUAAGUGGUGGUUCUACGCACGCAACGUGGCCACUGAAUGAAGACUACUGUAGGACCAUGCUCCUGUUACACUGGCCAAGCUGGUUUGACAUCCAAGAAGUGAAGGGGGAUGCAGAAUCUUGGAUUGACCGCUUUAAGGACUUUUUUGCAAGUGAUGACUGUCCAACAUUUGUGAAGGCCCAAGUUGCUAAGGCACGGCGUUUUGCAGACCACCCACAAGAACCAGUAUUUGAGGAGGAUGAAGAAGAUGAUGCUGUUGAAGCAGAAGAACAGCCAGACUGGGUGGAUGUAUAUGCAGGGCAGAACCAAAUGUAUGAGAGUGUAGAGAGGAACUUUGAUUAUGAUGAUGGUGGGGAGGGCUAUGACUGGAGCAGUACCCGUAUUAUUCUCCCUGAAGGAAAAGACCCAACAAAAUGCAGCCUCGUUCCCAGUCGUCCUCGGCGAUUUCGGAUGUGACGUCACCUGUCAAGCUUGUCGGGAAAAUUCGCCCAGGACGCCUGGCAAAUAAUGGCAAAUCCAAAAUGGCGACGCCGAGCCACAGCUUUAGCCAAAUUCUUGAAGAAAUGCAAAAAGCAACGGAAACAGGUUGGGAUAGCUUAGUUAACGUUUGCUAUGAAAUCCGUAAAGUUGUUGGAGAAUUUUCGUUCAAGGAAUCUAUGGUUGAUGAAAUAAACGUGGAUUCUUAUGCUCAACAAAUCGUCCCAUCUCAGGAGCUCGAGGAGUACGUUCCGUUGAAUUCAACUGGUGAUGGAAGCUGCCUUUAUAGAUCUUUUUCUUUGUUGGUUGCUGGGAAUGAGUUAAAGCACGUUGAACUCCGUGCAAGAUGUGUAAUCGAGCUAGCCCUUCACUCAACAUAUUAUUUAGCUGACGAAGAACUCGUUGAGUGAAUCGCAGCACAAGAGAGACUUCUUGGUGUCGAAGGAAAUGAUAGUGGACUCGUAGAUGCUGAUUUUGUCCACGAAAUUUACAAGACGGAGGUAAUGAAGACCUGUCAGCUUUUUGAGUACGCGUCAAUGUUCCAGAUCCAAGCUUUAGGGGCUGUUUUAAGGAGGAAGAUCAGGAGCGUUUAUCCUGAAACGACACCAGAGGUAAAUUUAAUUUUAAAUUUUUUUAUCAUGUUUUUAUUGUAACGAACACGAAUGAAAUUGAAAUCCAUAUCAAACUUGCCUUCCACCAAUGUAUAUGUAUAUGUCCAGCCAAGCUAUCUUUGUAAUUCUAUCUUUGUCUGACAACAAGUAAGUCAGAUUGGCUAUCCCAAGGUACAAAGGCAAAGGUUGGAAUUAUCUACAGUCCUCUGUGUCUUAAAUGGAUUUCUUGCUACUAGUACUACUAUCUUAUUUAACCAUGGGAUCACUUGCAUAGCAGUGGCCUUUCAGAAAGCCACAAGUUUAACAAGAAUAUUACAUGAGUUUUUGGUACUAUUCUUACAAAAGAUGAUUAGAAUGUUUUGCAUGAUCUUUAAAAGCAAACAGUUACAAUAAACUUAUUACAUACUAAAAUACUAAGUUCUAAAUUUAACACACUAAAAACUCUAUGACUUUGCAACUAAAGAGCAUGUUUGUCUAUGAGGAAUGAUUUGAAAUGGUCUUUUCUUUUGCCUCUCUUGGGAUGUUCUUCCAGAGGACAGAUCCUCUGGUGAAGGCUAUGUUUUCCCAUCUCUUACUUAGAUUUAGGAAUAUAUAAGUUAACAGCUGAGUUUCUUAGGUUAUAAGACAGAAUGUCAGAGACAUACUUGUUUCUCGCUAGUGGUUUGAUAGCUUUACAUUGGUCUGUAAAUUUGUGAUUCUUCCAAAUGUACUUUUAAUUCUGAAUUUUAUGUUAAGGUUAUUUAAAUGUCUUACAGGUACGACAGUAUUUUCAUAUUACAAUAACACCACGUGUCUUUGAGGAGAAACCCCCCCUGGCUGUACUGUGGAGCAGAGUGGGACCCGUGGAAAACUUGAGGGAUUUUGUUCCUAAUCAUUUUGUUCCACUUCUCUCUAGAAAUAUGAUAUACUUAUCAGGUACUGUUAACAUUAAGAUAAAUUUUAAAGAUAAAAUCUUCUUUCCCUUACACAUGACAGGCUCAAAUUGUUUGUUGUGUAGAAAGAAAAUCUGUACCUUGUAAUGCUUAAGGAAUUUAAGAUUUCUAGAUGGUUUGAAAUUUAGAAAAUUUACAAGGCUUUGCGUGGAGAACCACCUGUGACUCGAUGAAAAGAGUUCAUUUUUCCAUACUAAUCCUUCAACUUUUUGGCAGCCAUUGCAAUAAUUGCUACUUUUGAGAUACAGGGCUGAAAAUUUGCAGGUUAACAAAUAUGCUCUUUCAGUUCCUGCCAACAUUUUUUGGUUUCAAGAAAGUUGAUCAUGUGACCAACAAUUGCAAAAGGCCUAUUGUUAGCAGAUACCCCAAAAUUUUAUAAGAAUUUUAAACACAGGAAGGUCUGAUGGGUGAUGAUGACGGUUCAUCUCAAUCUCAAAUUUCUGUUAUCCACUGUGCCUCUUCGUUUUAGGCCUAAUCAUUUUACACAUUAGUAACUUUUAAUAUUUGAUUUAAAUUUUUUGCAGCACUACAAGAAAACAAAUUCCCCUGUCCUCACCCAACAUGCCAGCAUACAAAAGAAUGGUUCGUGGACAUUGGUACCCAUUACAGUAGAACCCAUAGAUGUGAGGUCAAUAUGGAUGAAGUAAGAGAGGAGAGGAGGAUAAGGAAUGAGAAUGCUGCCUUUCUCAAAGUGCUCCUCAACUCAAGUAGAGUGGUAAGAUGAAAUUAAUUUUAUAUCUCGCUGUUAUAAGCCAGUUAUGUUGUACCUCAGUCCAGUGUGAUCAUCUUGCAAUAAGGAAUUGCUAGAAACAGUCUUAUGGACACAGAAGAUAGCUGUACACAUUACAUUAGACACUGAAAGGACAACAUGCAUAUUAUUUAUGUUUAAUGAACUGGAUUCCAAUUGUUAUGGUGGCAUAUAUAAGCAGAAGUCCUAAAGCUGAUAAGAGACUAGAGGGUAGAACUCCAGAUUGCAUUAAUUCUAUAUUAAAGACAACUUCUCAGAUUCAUAACAUAUCCAUUUGUUUUUCAAAUCUAAAUCUCAUUGUCCUUUUUAAAGAAAAAUACAGUAGGAUGCCGCACUUUUAGCGUGAGGAGGAUUUUACAUUGGAACAAACUCUCUGCUGAUGUUAAGAAAGUUAAAAAUGUUAAAUUCUUUAAAAAGAAAUUAAUUGUUUAUGACUUAAAUUACUAAGUAAAGAGCAACAGGUAAUUUUGAACAUCGCUAAAAUGGUUAAGUAGCCUUUUAUAUUAAGUCUGUAAAGUAGUAAACUAAGUAUAUUUUUAUUUUACUUUUACUUGUUUUAAAUAAUUAAUAUUGAUUUUAAAUAGUUACAAUUUUUAAAUUGAGACUGUAGAUAGUUUUUAAAUUCUUUUUUGGCUUGUUUUUAAUUGUGUCUAUUACAGCUUUUGUGUAUGAAAAUUUUGAUCUUUUUAUAAUGACAUUGUAGAAUGAUUUUAUGAUUUUAUGUUUAUAGAGGGCCAAAAGUUUAUCAUUAAUUUUUAGAUAAUAACUGUCAAGUGUUUAACCUCUUUAAGUAAAGACAUCACUUCACAUUUUUGCAUAAGCUUCACUCCCCAUGUAUGUUAUCCCUUGCAAUGACUGUUGUACAUGUAGUUGUCUUAAAUUGUUUUGAAUUUGUUCUUUAUCUAUUUAGAUUGGUGGACAGUUGUUUGCAGUAAAAUACUCAUUGGUAAAUGUGACAUUUAGAGACAUUUCUUUCUUCAAUGCUGCCCUGAAGGUGGCAUUUGUGUUGCUGGCUGGGGAAAAAUUAACAAACUUCUCAAGUGAACGGUACCAGAAUAUUACUGUGUCAUCCAGUAAUACAACCAAAGUGUAUCAAGCUUGGAAAGUGAAGUCACCUUCUGGUCGUGACUUACCAGAAAUUGAAUGUCUAAGAUCCACUGUUGAACCUGUGGAGGAAGUUACAUCAAGUUCUCUAAAUAAUGUAUCCACAUAUACAACUUCAGUCUUACCUGAUUUAGAAGGACUACAUUUGUCAAACACACUGACAUCACAGCAUGAUACAUGUGAUAUUGACUCCAUCAUUGAACAGCUUGAGGUAAUUUUAGAGAAGGAGUGGGGUUACACUGAACUCCGAACUGAGCAAAGAGAAGCAAUAACUUAUCUACUUCAAGGUAGAGACUGCUUUGUCACCCUUCCAACAGGGGGAGGAAAAUCACUUAUUUACAUGCUUCCUGCUCAUAAAUUUCAUGGUAUGACAAUAGUUGUGUCACCCUUGAAAUCACUUAUAGAUGACCAGUUGAAGGUGUGUAUGACUCACAACAUUGGUGCAUCAGCCUUACAUGGCGAUUUGUCUGAAUCGGAAAGGCAAGGAAUUUACAUGUGCCUUAAACAACAAGUUUGUCCAUUUAAAAUUCUCUAUGUACUUCCAGAGAUCAUUGAGAAGGACAAAACAUUCUUCAAUAUUCUGACCAGCCUUUACUCAAGGAACAAACUUAGUCUCUUUGUUGUUGAUGAGGCGCAUUGUGUAAGCUUGUGGGGACACGAGUUCAGAGAUUCGUACGUGAAAUUGUCAGAGCUGAGAAAGAGCUUUCCAAACGUUUCCCUUCUGAUGUUGACUGCUACAGCUAGCAAGGUCACUAGGGAUGAUAUUAUUUCUAUGUUAGGAGCUAGGAACACACAGUUAGUUUUGUCACCAAUGGACAGGGAGAACAUCUUUUAUGAAGUGAGACAAAAGAAUGCCAACUCGGUGGAUGAUUUGGUAGCCCUAGUAAAAGCUGAAGGUAGCUCUUUAGUCUUCUGUUCGACAAGAAAAGAAUGUGAAGAUCUUUCCCCAAAGCUUGAGACCAAAGGAAUAAAGAGCAAGUGUUACCAUGGGGGCAUGGAAGAUGGCAUUCGAAAACACAGACAAACCUUAUGGAUGAAAAAUGAAUUACAAUGUCUCGUAUGUACUUGUGCGUUUGGCAUGGGUAUUGACAAGAAAGAUGUGCGCCUUGUAGUUCAUUAUGAUAUACCACAGUCUAUGGAGGACUUCUACCAGGAAUCUGGUAGAGCAGGGAGAGAUCGGCAACCUUCCAAAUCUGUUGUUUAUUUUGUUCCGCAUAAUCAAGUUUUCCACGUAAGAAAUAUAUUUGGAAAGAUGAAUGUUAAUCGAGCUUAUGCCACUCAGAGACUUGCCAGUUUUCAGAAGGUCAUGUACUACUGUUUUCAAAGAGGCGAUUGUCGGAGGAAAGUAAUGCUGGAAUACUUCAACGAGCAAUGUGAUUGCCAGAGUAAGUGUGACGUAUGCUCAUCAGAAAAAAGGUACCUUACAAAAAAUGUUGGGGAGUUUGCAAGAAAUGCAAUAACAUGUGUACAGAGAGUUUCCGAUUGCCCAGGAAGAGCUAAAUAUCCACUAACUUACUUUGCCCGGAUACUGACAGGGAAGAAAGUGAAGGAGGAGCACCAGAGGCUACAAGAGUAUGGCUGUUUGAAGACAACAACUGAUGAAGGGGAGUAUUUACUUCGUGUUUUAGUUGCUUCUGAUGUUCUCCGAGAAAUUCCCCCGGAAGAAACAGCACGGAACAAAAACGCGGUUUACCUAACACUGGGAACAAAGUUUGCAGAUUGCUUGAAUGGUUCCUGUAUUCUUACAUAUAGAAAAAGCGUCUAACUUUUAUACAGAGACCUGGGUGAAUUAAAAACUGCAUCAGUGGAAGUAAGUUGUUGACUAUUCCACUAACCUUGUUCCAUUACCCAUCUGCACUUUCUUUCAACCAUCUUACACAUUUUUGCAAAAUCAACAAAAUGUUCCCAAAAUAUCCCACCGAAAGGUUCGACGCGUACUUCAUACACAGCAAAAGAAAAGAAAGGCAAACAAAGCAGAGCUGAGGGAUGGCGAGGGAAAAAGUUGAGGGGCAAUGUCAAAAAGAUUUGUUAUAGGUGUAAGCCUGGUCGUCUGACAGUGCUGCCUCUUUGUAUCCUAUCAUUUACCAGAAAACCGCCCAAAUCCACUGUAGCCUUAAACGGGGUGUUUAUUUAGAACCGUUUUCAAUGAAAAAUAGGUUAUACUGAAACAAAAACAUCGAAGGCAGCGGUGUUCCAUGCAUUGAUGAAGGGGCAUUUUACUUUGUAGUGAAAAUUCCCUGGAAUGACGUUUCACGUAGCACAUAGCUCACUUGAAUUUGUGCCUGUUAAUUACUAAGUUAACCCUUUUUGUUUAAACUGUAUAUAGACAUGCUUAUAACCCAACUUAUUUUAACAUGUUAAAUGAACGUAGAGUUGAUAGUAGCCUUUGAUCAAUGGCAGAAAUUUGUACGAGAAUAACAUGCUUGCCAAAGUCUAUGCGAGAUGCGCAGCAAGCAUAUUUCUUCUGCUUUUUUAUCCACAGACCUACCAAAAAUUAGACAUCUUACAGUCCAUGAUAUUUACAAAGAUAUGUAGUCUGAGUUAGGAAAAAGACGACAUCUCAUUUCAGUAAAACUUUUCACAAUCAUUUCCUUUCCCCUCUUAAUUGGGUCCAAAAGUUUCUUUGGAAUUGGUUCUUUGUGGUUUGGCAGAACUUUGUUUCCAUAAGGGUAGCUGUAAAUGUUGUUUCUUCCUUUAUCUUCAAACCAUUCCUGUGUAGUUGCAAACCAGGCGACCUUUACUAUGUCAGGAGUGGAGUCUUGCUUUGUAUGUUUGCUUGUGGGGUGAAUAUCAAAUGAUUUCUUGAACACUUUCUGUACAUGUUGUAGUAACUCUAAGUUCAUGUUAAUCUUUUGUAACAUUGAUACUGUUGUUUGUUUUCUGGCAUACACUUUAAGGGGUCUUACUAGCAUUGUCUCCACAAACUCAUCAAGAGUCAAAUUAUGAUGUGAUCUUUUAAGUUUGAUUGAACAAUUUCUUCUUAGAAGUUUCCUAAGAGCAAUUGGCCAGUUGCAAGUGAAAUUGAGUACAUGAACAAAGGCCUCGUCUCUGUAAUUCUUCUUAUUUAGUACCGCGAAAAGGGGUAACAAUUUCAUCCAACAAGCCUCUCGCACAAUUCCCUGCCCAUUACGUAUGGCACUUUGAUAGAUAAGCAAAAGGGGACCAAAUUCUAGGACAAAUUCAGAAAAAACUGAAAUGUCUUAUCAUUUUUACUAUUUUCAGAGGCCCAGUCUUUAAAUCUGUUCAGCAAUAGUGUACUGAAAUUUUCCUUUUCUUUACCGAUCCUUUGCUUUGCUACGUCGCUAUUAGGAUUAUACACAGAAUCCUCAAAUGACUUUACCAUGGCCAACGCAAGACCCCAGAAAAAAUCGUUUAGUGAUUCAAAGCAUCGUUCAUAGUGUUCCUCUUUGAAGAUUUUAUCAAACGCCUCUGUUGUUAUCUUGCUCCUGUUCAAGAUAUGUCUAAUAACAUAAAAGAAACCACCUGAUCCAUAUAGACGUGAGAUAAUCUCCAUGCAAUAGCCAAUAGUGUGGAAGUCUCCGGGUGUCUCACUGAAACUUCCAAACUCAUCAGGGCAUCUAUUUCUAAGGCCACGUGUUGUUGUUGUGGUUUUCACAUCUCCCACAGCAAUAACUCUGUCUCUUGCACCCACCAAAUUGCGGACACUGUGAUUAGUUUCUUGAUUGGGGUUGCCAAUUACAGAGUUGUGAUUUAAUGUAUUAUUUGUAUCAGCAUUCAUGCCUUCAGUUCCUGUAAGGAUUUCAUGGGCAAGAAGUGCAGUUUGCGACUUAAUUUCGGUUGACUUGUCUUGUAGAAGCUUGACAAUUUCCCAAGGCGUGUCUUGUUGUAGGGCAGCUUGUAAAGGUGAUGGUAUAUUUCCAGGAAAUGUUCCUGAAGGUUUUGCAUCAUAUCGAAGUAAAGUCUUCACUACUUCAAUAUGCCCGUGAAAAACUGCCAAAUGUAAGGGUGUAACUCCACACCCUUCUCUACUAUUCACCUCUGCACCACAUGCCAGUAGACAUUCAACCAAUGUUCCCAGGUUUCUUUCAACAGCAACAUGCAACACAGUUGAGAGACAAUCAUCCUUGAAGCCAUACCAUAUUCCACUUUUUGAUUUAAUGAAAUCAAUAGCUUCCUUUAAGGGCAUACCUUCAAUCCCUGUUACUAAUUCUUUGAUGAUCUCAGCCAUUUUGUGUGAUUUUUGUUUCAUAACUGUCUUGAAAUUACUUGCAGUUAAAUGGUCUGGGGUAAUAAUUACCGGUUCAGUUUCACUAUAUUGUACUUCAUGGUCUGUAAAAGCCUUUCUCAUUGAUUCUAAAUGUUCAAAGUGAAUGUCUAGUUCUCUAUAGACCUUGUAUCGUUCUCUGGCAGAGGCAACAUCGUACUUCUUAUUUGAAAGAUGAAAGGGUAUGUAGUCAUCACUUUUCUUAAUGCCUAGGCCUAGCUCACUUGCAUACUCACGGUAAAUCACUGCUUCACCACAGGUGAACGCUUCAUCUGCCAAUGAGAAAGGCAGAAUCAUAACAUUUGACGCAGUUGGGGUGUCCUCUUCUGCCUUUACUACAGGAACGUUGAUUAAGUAUUUUCCCUUUGAUUUUGAGAGGAAUGUAUCACUUUUCAGAGUAUCCAUUAAGUCUGUCUCAGCCAUUUUAAGCAGUUCCUUUCUCUUUACUGAAACAGUGUUUAGACCAAAAGUCUAAUACUUUCAGCAGUAAGGUAUCUACCUCAUUUGAGUAUCCCUUUUCAACUUCUGGUGAUGACUCUACAAUGAAAAAAAAUUGAUCACACUAAAAAUGCAGCAAUAACUUUAACGUUCAUCAUUAUAAUUCUAAAACUUGAUAUGCAACUACUAUUCUACUUAAUCCUUUACUUUCUUCAAAAAUAAAAACCGAUUAUCAUUUUCAGCUUGUUUCUACUUUUAAGCAGAUGCUUACAAUCACCAUAUUUGGAAAGCACGGUAUAAUGGCUCAUAUACCAUGAUGGCUAAGCCAACCGAAGCUCUAGAACUGCAUUAUCCAAUGAUUCAGUUUUCAAUAAUAUUUAUUAUUAUUCAUUCAAAAUAUUUUCCCGAUUCUGAUUGGCUAAAAGCACUCAUUUAAUUCACCAUAACCAGUUACUGAUGACCAAAUUUGGAAGAAUUUUGUGUUUAACGAGGAAAUGACGUAAAAAAUGCAGCGUUUUCGCAGGUUAAGGCACCAUUAACCGAGAAGACCUGGGGACGAGGUUGAGUUGUUUUGAUUGUGAACUUGAAAAAUGGCGGACAUUUCACUCGUUUCAAGAGUAACAACUAGGCGAAAACAUAGCUAAAAACAUGGCAAGAACAGCAAGAAGACAACUCAAAGGGCGACAUCUGCUAUUGGGAGAAUAUUUGCGGAGCAGGACAAACCUAAACGUGCACUAUCGAAGAUGAACUUAACAUCGAUGGAUCAAUGGAGGUUACCAUGUUUUAGCCAUGUUUUUAAAGUAGGAAUUAUUUUGAAUGAAUAAUAAAACAAUUAUUGAAUUCAGCUUUCGUAUCAUAUGAAGAAUUAUGGAGAUCUCGGAGGGUGUUAUCCACCCCAGCCUACAGCCUCGACGGAUAACACCCUCUGUGAUCUCCAUAAUAAUUCUUCAUUAGAUACUCAGCCUUAUUCAUUAAUUGUUAAUUAUACUAACCAAUAAACAGCUGUUCACUCUUAACUUCUUUCAGCUUUCCUUGGGGUUUUGUUGCUGUGUCAGGGUCUCUCCAUAGGUAUUCCAUUCCACAUAUAUUUGGUUUCAAAACUGCUCUAACUGUGAAGUUCCACAUGGAUGGUGCUGUACUCUUCUUUAAUCUAAUGUGACGUGAAUGUCCCUUGUAGAUGUUAAUGUUGUCAAAGAUCAACAUAACUGGCCACUCUAAAGGAAUUUUCUUUGUUAGUAGUUCAGCAUAAUUGUUGAGGCGAGCAUCAAGCAAUCCACGACUGCAAUAAAAAAAUAAUUAAGCCUUAAUAAAUGAAACAGGCAGUAAUAGGCCAUUUUCAAGUUACUCCAACCCUCUGUCCUAAAGCAAGGAUAUGUACUACACAGCUAUUGAAAUGAAAUAAGUUUUUAUUCUCAUGUCAAUAUAAUUUAUUCUUACAAGAAAGGUUUUCCACUUAGCCUUGUUUUGAAAGUGAGAGUUUUUGGAAAUGGCCUAUUUAAUUUAUUAUAUAAUUAAGUAACAAUUUCUUUUUUCUCCAGUAAGUUUUAAAAUUUAGAGCCUGUUUGGGUUAAUCUUGGGUUCAUGUAAGGGUAAAAAAUGCAAGAAGAAUCUAUAGAUCAAGCUAGGUCAAGCAGAUCGACUGGCUGAUUUGUGACAGUGAUUCAACAUGUUCUUUCAUUUUUUUAUUAAAUGACUUGUUUACUUAUAUAGUAAGUCUGGUCCAGGGACACUAGUUUGUCAGUCUAGCUGUAAAAUGUUUAAUCACUAGAUAUAAAAUUACAGUUAAUGAGUUUAGACAAUGAUGGCAUGCAUGUUAUUAUAUGUCCCUGAAUUCAAGAAAAAUCGUUUAUUUUUGAAAAUACAUGAUAAAGUAAAGUAGUACUUACAAGAAGUUGUAGGACUUGCACAAUCCAAAUGGUUCAAGUGCAUCCAGCAUCGUUUUUCCAGCACCAUGGGACAUCAAGAGUAAGCCAAACAAAGUAGAAAAGUCACUUUUUGUUUUCUGUGAUCUUAUGUCAUCAAGAGCAAGAAGCACCUGCACUGCUGACUUGAAUUUAUACUCUGGUGCCUUUUUUCCAGUGUUUCUCUCAUCUCGCUUUCCGGUCACAAGAAGUUUUACAAUUUCUGUUAUCAUUGGACAUUGCCUUUCAACAUCUGUUGCCAAAUUAUCAAAGUACAUUUCUCCAAUCAUUAGCUCCAGGUCAUCCUCAUCUUUUAAAUUACAUAUUCCAAUUUUUUGAAGCUGCUGUAAAGUAGUUAGCUCUUUUUGGAGUUUGAGUCUUUGUUCUUCCUUUAAGCUGACGCUACCCCUUACAGAAUCCAGAUCAUUUAAGGCACCACAAAUGACACGAGAUCUCUCUGCUUGUUCAUGCCCUAAUAAUUGGGCGCAUUGACUAUUGUAAUAGUAUUCUGUAUUGGUUACCAGCUAAACAAAUAGCAAAGUUACAACGGCUCCAGAAUUCCGCAGCAGAAUUCCUAGGUUUUAUCACAUCUCACCAAUUCUGUGUACGCUUCAUUGGCUUCCAGUAGAAUUUAGGAUUCAUUUUAAGAUUGUUAUAAUUACUUUUAAAGCGAUCCAUGGACAAGCUCCGGUAUAUCUACAAGAACUCUUAACAAAGGGGAGGAAAAGAGUUACAAUUUAAGAUAGUGUGCAAUGGGAAUCAUGCUUCAAACGCCAAGAACUUUAACUAAAAAGACAUUGGGUGACCGUGCUUUUUUAGCUGCGGCACCUAAACUGUGGAAUGGGUUACCAUCACAAAUACGAAAUGAGCCCAAUUUUCAUAGGUUUAAAGGUUUACUUAAGACCCAUUUUUGUAGAUUAGCUUUUUAUUAGGAUUUUUUAGGAUUAUGUAUAUACCGGUAGUAUAUUUUUAUAGAUCCAUUGUUUUUUUUUUAAUAUAAUAUUUUUAGUUAUUUUGGUUAACUUAUUAAUGUCAAUAAUUUACUUUCAUGUAAUGCGCAUUAUUAUUAUUAUUAUUAUUAUUAUUAGAAAUAAAAAUGUUUAUCUUUGCCACAGCUAUUGGUUCACUGGUACUGAGUCACAAGGGUAUACACAAUAAUACUAUAUUGUCUAUAUUGAAAAUUGGCCUAAUUUUAGCCUUAAUUUACUUGUUAAUAUAUUUCCUUGAAGGAGCACAAUGUGCUGUGACAGUAGUAAAAGGUCUUGGAGCUGUAAUGCUAGCGAAAGGAUACCGCUUCUGUCUUUGAUCUUUUUGUCCUCCAUCUUUGUGCGGUUCAUUUUUAGCAAUUUUCAUUGGUUUCUUUACGACACCAGGGAACAGUAACUUGAUAACAUGAUCAAUUUCUCUCCUGGAGUAAACACGACCAGAUUUGUCUUUUAUGAUGUUAAAAACAUCAGCCUGUUUCAUUGCAGACCCUUCCUUAAAUGUGAAUGACAAGUCAACAACUUUGCUAAGAGAUUCUGUUAAAAGGAAAAAAAAAGUCCUUAGUCUUCAGUAAGAGGUUGAUAAUAAAGCAUGGAAAGGCUGUUAAGUAUCUUUUACUUCAAAUGCAUUUAGAUGAAAUUUUCAACUGUGCAUUGUAGUGCGGCUGUCCUAAUGGACACUACUGCAUAUCUAUUUAAUGACGUAAACAAAUUGAAAAGAGGGUUCUCUCCCCACCACUAUCAACUGACACUGGGAUGUCUUUACACCCGGUUUGCUAUAGAUCUCAUUUAAUUACACAAAUCAAGACCUUGAGUGAUUUACUAUACCUAAUGUUCCAUUUUUUUCAAACUUUGUCCUCUUGCAUGUCUUUUUAAGUGGACUUGGAGAAAAUUUCAUCUGCCUUUUUGCAGCACUUGAUAUAACCUUUCUGGGAGAGGUUUGCACUAAAAUAAUUAAUUUAAAACAAUAGAUAUUAUUCACAGUGUAAUAUGACAAAAUAUUAUCUAUCUGCUAGUUUUUUAGUAAUGCAAAAGCUGGGCAUGUGUGAAUACAUGUUCACUUUGUGUUACCUUACAUAUUUAAGAUCUCUGUAAGUAUAUAGUCAAACAAGACAAUAAUAUAAUUCAAAAUUUUGGAGAGGAUAAAAUUUAUCCACUGAAUGUACCAAUGCUUGGAGAAGUAUGUAAUAGUUUACAUGGCUUUCAUUUCACUUGGGAUGGGCUUAAAAGUAAAUAAAAGGUGAAUCAUCUGGAAAAAUUUCUAGUGAUCAGACCAGCUAAUGGCUUCUCCAAACGUACAUAUUUAAUGUGCUGUGUUAGGGUUUUUAUGAAUGCAAGUGACUGUCAAAGAAAACGACACAACUAUACUUGUAGAAUUAAUGAUAUUUAAAACUGAGUUAUACCUUGUUUAAAUGGGGAACCCGAAUACUUCUGUUUCUUUAUGGAGCGAAAAACAUCCUGUGACUUCCUCAAAGCUUCACCUAAAUUGACAGCAAAUGACACGUUUGAAUGCUUACUAUGCAACUAAGGGAAAUAUACCAAAUAAUGCAUAUUGAUACCUUGUAGACUAACGGGACCUGAACCACCACACAAUGGAUCUGUUAGCAAUUCAUACUCAGAAUCUAAAAGUCAAGAGCAGCAUGCAAAUUAAUAUAAUAUAAUCAUCUUAACUAGGCAAUGAAAAAAAAAAGAUUAACAUCAAGGUAAAGCAUAUUUUUCUCUACCUGAAUUUGGACCAGGAUUAGGGUGAAUAUCCCCUGCUAACACCAAGCAUAUUAACAGGAUGAUGCAAUUACAAGCCAGGCUAUAACAAAUAUAGAUUAAGUGUAGGUUAUUGAAAGGCGAACGAGAGGUGUAAUUUACUUGAAGUCUGACAGAAAACAAAAUUAGCCUUAAAUCUGAAAUAAACUAUUUCAUACAAACUUACAUGCAUCUAGGGAUUUUUCUGGUUUUCCCGGGAAACCGUUCACUAGAUUGUGAUUUUAUCCUAGUCGAGCAGCAAAGGCAAAAUAAGCCCACUCUAACUCUAUACACUAAAAGAUCCACGCCCAUUUUGUUGUUUUCUUCAAUGAAAAUGAAGCCUUGGAACUACUGUACAUACAGUGUAUAGUGAUAAUAAACUCGUCCCAUGCCCAGCUCCAAAGGAACUCUUUUCUAACUUCGUGUAGCAAGAUCUGGACUGGGCCGAUAUAGACUGUAAAUAAUGAAAUUAAUAUGCUUACUUACCAGGGUUUAUGGGGAAAAAACGCCCGCCACACUUCGUUGCUAUCCGGUAAAACGGUCCACAGAUGCUCGGAAGAGAUGUAUUAAUCUCAUACGUCCAAAAUAUUCCAUGAUUGUGGCAGAAAACAGAGGAUUUUCGUCGAGAAAUUAUCUGGGACUUUUUCUCGCUGAUCUGGGACUUUUUUGCCAUUUUUUGCCAGGCCUCGCGCUAUCGCGCUCGGUUCCAAGCCUCCGCUGGUCACUCGGAUAGCGCGAACAGGCCUGGGUACGAGGCUGAACAAAAUGGCUUCAAGAAAGCAUUAAAGCGGAUGACGAACGGGAGAGAGAAAGUACAGACCUUGAUUUACCUCAGGUGUGUCCGUUGUCUCUAAAUGAGAAUCAGAAAGCCAUAGUGGAGCUUGUGUUACACACCCUGUACAACGUUGUUGAAAACACUGGAUAUUACCUUCCACUGCGGCUUGUUGUCUCUGGAACUGCUGGUACAGGAAAGUCUUAUGUCAAAAAGUGUCUCUAG